AAUGCAAGACCGCUGCACGAAAUACGCCGACACUCUUUGCCGACCGUGUGAGGAGGGGAAGUAUAACCCGUUAUUCACUACCUGGAAAUGUCAGUCUUGCGCCAUCUGUGACCCAGCCAAUGGACUUCAGGAGGUGAAGAAGUGUGCACCCACUUCCAAUUCAGUAUGCGUAUGUCUCCCAGGCUACAAGCCAGCCACCUCUGAGUCCAAUGAGAAAAGAUGUGACCCCUGCCCCAAGGGACAUUUCUCCAAAGGAGGUGAUAAGACUUGCACGGCUUGGACAAAUUGUACAGCUACAGGCAGACAAACUUUCCGUGAAGGGACCAAGGAGGAUGACGCGGUCUGUGGCAACACCCCCAAGGUGCCACAGGCAACAGAGCUCCCUAUUAAGCUCUCCUCCAAGAGAGAAAUGGUGAAGGCCACGUCUGUUAUGAAGCCCACCUUGAAGGCCACCACGACUUCAUCUGCUUUGACCGCUUUGUCAACAGGAAGCCUACCGGGUGGCGAUAAGAAAUCUGGCUAUUUAUCGUAUAUCCUCAUCGGUGCUGCGUUGCUACUUGUAUCGGGUGGCAUCAUUCUGCUGAAGAUUUCCCGGAAAACUAGGAAAUACAAGGAACCAGGGAGGUUCAUGGAACAGAUGCAGAAGGAUGGAAAAAACAGCUUUCGGAUCCCUAUCCAGGAGGAACAAAUCGAUGCCAAAUCCAGCCUUGCACAAAACUGACCUCUGCUGGGAAGAAAACGUCUUGUCUCUCGAAGCCAAAUCUAUAACCGCUUGGACUGCAGAAUUGGUCUUGGCCAGGGAGCUUCAGUCCUCAGCCGUCUUCCGAAAUCCAAAGUUACGAAGCUCCUGCUUCAUAAAUCUCAUGAUUUCAUUCUCCUCUGGGGAAAUUUGCAAAAUCCUCUCCGGGCCUAUCAGUGCUAGCUGUGGGUUGUUAUUCUCCAGGGGGUGGGCGAAAGAUUUGGAAUUAUACCUGGUAUCCAGGUAACAGAGUCCAGUUCCCCUGGAGAAAGCAGCUGCUUUGGAACAAAUCAUAGGAUCAUAGAGUUGGAAGGGACCUCCGGGGUCAUGUAGCCCAAGCCCCUACACAACGCAAGAAACUCACAAAUACAAUUGGGGAUUAAAAUGCUACUAGACUAUAA